UUUUACGAUUCGGUUGAAUGAACAACAACAACAAUGAUGAAUUCUCACAGCUUAUAAAACGCUAAGACGUGUCACACACAUGUUUGCAAUUUGAUAACUAUAUGUCCUCCACGUAGGUACUUGCCCAGUUGCAGAAAAUUGUAGGAAAGGUGCUAUAUAUAGUGUCGCAAUGAAGCUCAAACGCCAGUUCUUAUUCUUUGGUGGAAUUCUGUUCUUCGGGAGUAUCUGGUUUAUGAUAGGUCAACUUGACACUCCUAAUUCGCCACAGAAAGUCAAAUUCUCGGAAGGCAGUGAAAAUGACCAAGUUCGAACCCUUCAAGACAAACUUAGUCUGGUGGAAAAAGAAUUGUUAGAAAAUCGUAAAAUAAUGCACAAGGUGAAAGAUAGUCUACAGGAUAUGACACCCAUGAAAAAUGUUCAUGUGCCCAUGCAGCGCCAAGAAAUAAGAAACAACGUCAAUAAACCUGUGCUACCACUUAUAAUGCCCAAGCAAUUUGCGAAUGACUCCCGAAUGAGUGACACGUGUCCUGUGCUCUCGUACUCCGGUGGCAAGUCCGAUGUUAACAUGAUUAACGUGUAUGAUCAUCUUCCAUUUGAUGAUCCAGAUGGUGGAGUUUGGAAACAAGGUUGGGACAUCCAGACAUCGGAUCAGGAAUGGGCUGGGAGAAAAUUGAAAGUGUUCAUUGUCCCUCACUCACAUAAUGAUCCUGGUUGGUUAAAGACGGUGGAAAGAUACUUCAGCGAUCAAACACAACAUAUUCUCAAUAAUAUUGUGGAUGCUUUGAGUCAAGACCCUGCAAGGAAGUUUAUCUGGGCAGAGAUGUCGUAUCUCUCAAUGUGGUGGGACAUUGCCACACCUGAUCGUAAGCAGAAAAUGCAGACACUCGUGAAGAAUGGACAGCUUGAGAUAGUUACGGGUGGUUGGGUCAUGAAUGAUGAAGCAAACACUCAUUACUUUGCUAUGAUUGAUCAACUCAUUGAAGGUAUGGAAUGGUUGAGGCGAACAUUGAAUGUUGUUCCAAAAAGUGGGUGGGCGAUUGAUCCCUUUGGUCACACCCCCACCAUGGCUUAUAUACUGAAACAGAUGAAGUUCAAAAACAUGCUGAUACAAAGAGUCCAUUAUGCAGUGAAGAAGUAUCUUGCUCAGGAAAAGUCUCUGGAAUUCAGAUGGAGACAAAUGUGGGAUUCAGCUUCAAGUACAGACAUGAUGUGUCAUCUCAUGCCUUUCUAUUCAUAUGAUGUUCCUCAUACUUGUGGCCCAGACCCCAAGAUUUGCUGCCAGUUUGAUUUUGCUCGCUUACCCGGCGGCAAGAUAACCUGCCCAUGGAAAGUUCCUCCUGUUGCCAUCACUGACUCCAAUGUAGAAACACGAGCCGGAAUACUACUUGACCAAUAUAGAAAAAAGUCAAAACUCUUCAAAAGUGACACCCUGCUUAUUAUAUUAGGAGAUGAUUUUCGUUAUUCGCUGAGCAAGGAAACCAACGAUCAGUUUGACAACUACGCUCGAAUUAUCUCGUAUGUGAAUUCGCACCCAGAGUUAAACGCAAAACUUCAGUUUGGAACAUUAUCCGAAUAUUUUGAUGCCAUGAAAUCUGAAGUGGGGGGAGAGGAAAAACUCCCAGCUUUAAGUGGUGAUUUCUUCACUUAUGCUGAUAGAGAAGAUCACUAUUGGAGUGGUUACUACACUUCACGGCCUUACCACAAAAUGCAGGAGAGAGUCCUGGAAAGCCACCUUCGAGGAGCAGAAAUGUUGUUUGCGCUCUCAUGGCCCAAAAUCCAGUGGACAGGACUUGGUGAAACAUUUUCACAUGAACUUUACCCACUGCUGGUCCAAGCACGUCAAAAUCUUGGUUUGUUUCAACACCACGAUGGUAUAACAGGCACAGCAAAGGAUCAUGUUGUUGUUGAUUACGGGAAUAAACUCAUGAAGAGUGUUAUGGAUGCAAAGAAGGUAAUUUCAUACAGUGCCCAAGUUCUAUUGCAAGAAAUGAUCACGUUUGAUCCAAAUACCAUGGUACUUAACUAUGAUGAGGUGUAUCAAGCUCAGAACCAACAACCUGCGCCUGUGGUUGUUAAGCUACCAACGAAGAAUGAAGAAGCGCGGAAAGUCGUUCUCUACAACUCUCUGGAUUACGACAGAACUGGUGUCGUGCGUCUAAUUGUUACGUCACCCGACGUGGUUGUGAUGUCAGAAAACAAAAACGUCGUUCCAUCGCAAACCAGUCCGAUCUGGUCAGAUUCGACGGAGAUCCGCACAGACCAGUUUGAACUGGUUUUCCUUUCAACUGUUCCCGCAAUAGGACUGGCGGUGUACAAGAUAUGGGAAGACAACGACGUAGCAGACACCACGCACUCAACUGUUAAGUUUAUCAACCCGAGAGUUGGGUUUUCGAAACGAACCCGCAGUAAGUUUGUACUCGACGUUGAGGAUAGCGGGGAGUUUACCAUCAUGAAUGACCAAUUAGUUGCGCAUUUCUCUGGACAAAACGGGAUGCUGCAGUCGGUCACCACUGUGCGUGACAACGUUAAAACGCAGCUCGGAAUUGAAUUCGUCGCUUAUACUUCUCGUAAUAAGAAAGACAAGAGCGGCGCUUACUUGUUCCUGCCUGCUGGACCAGCACAACCGCAUGUAACAGAAUCCCACCGACCGUUAGUAAGGAUCAUCAGGGGUCCAGUGAUGUCAACGGUGCAUGUUCUACUACCGAACGUUCUGCAUAAAGUUACCCUAUACACCGGUACUGGUGCAGGCACGCAGUCUUUAGGCGUCCACGUCUCUAACGACGUCGACGUUAGAACUGGCUACGACAACAAAGAACUCAGUAUGAGGUUAAACAGCGAAGUUUUAUCGGGAAGCAAAUUCUUUACGGAUUUAAACGGUUUCCAAAUUCAACCCCGAACCACGUAUUCUAAACUGCCACUACAAGCAAACUUCUACCCAAUACCCACAAUGGCGUUCAUACAAGACGAAAAAUCAAGAUUAACUUUGAUGACGGCCCAACCACUGGGUGUUGCUUCACUGAAGUCAGGUCAACUUGAGGUGGUUUUGGAUCGUCGUUUAAUGCAGGACGACAACAGGGGGGUGGGUCAAGGUGUGAAAGAUAACUUACCAACUCCUGAGAGUUUCGUGAUUAUGCUGGAAAGGUGGACCGCUAUUGCAGCGAAAGAAAGCAAAUCGUCAGCGAAGCUCGCGUAUCCAUCUAUGGCUGUGUAUCAGUCAUCAUGGGAAUUGCUACACCCAGUACGUCCAAUGUCGGUAAAUGGGCCGGUACAUUUGAAGGAAGAUUACCGCUCGCUGCCACAGCCUUUACCAUGCGACGUGCACGUGUUAAACUUGCGAGCAAUUCAUUCUAAAGAUGCAGUUGCCCCUACCGACCAAUCGGCUCUGCUUCUACACACAGUUGGGCGCGAAUGCUCCUUGGACGCGGAUAAGUAUUUCCACCCAACGUGCCUCAUGCACGGCGUCGAGAAAUUGGCUAUCACGAUCUCGACGCUUUUUACCAACUCUGGCAUGCGGAAGACGUCGCUGUCCUUACAGCACGACGGCUCGUUGCUGGACAACCAAGGCGGUAUUACAGUUUCCCCAAUGGAGAUACAAGCUUACAAAAUAGUACUGACGUAAAAUUAAAUCAUAAUUUCUUCCAAUCAGCUCAAGAACAAAAUUAAGUAAUUAUUUUCUAAAACCGUCAGCAGUCCCAGUACUGCAUAUAUGCACUUAUUCUAUUUUCUUAGAGGUUCAUAUCAGUUUAUAAUCACCGAGAGCGGACGUUACCGCCCACCUGAGCACUGUCGAGCUGCUCAUUUUCAAGCAUGUAUUAUUACAAUUUACGUGUACAUGUAACCGGUAAUGUGAAAUCGUGUAAAUCUAUAAAGGUGUUAAGCUCGUUAUGCACUAACUUGUGUACUGAAUGUGCCUGAAUUACAAAUAAUGUUAAAUUCGAAUUUCGGAAACAAGUAGAAAACUGUUUUGCAUCGUUUUCAUUCCUUUUACUAUGAAAGCCAUAUUGUGGGAAAAUUCAACGUUUUGCGUCUAACGUAUACAUUAUCACAUUCUUGUUAUAUAUAUGAUAUUUUUGAUUUUCCUUAAUACUAGUUUGUUGAAGUAACUUGAAUAGCAGUCCACGUAUUUAUCCGGAGACAGUGUUUCCGCAGUAUUGCAAAAUACAUUUGUGCCUCAGA